AUGGUAACGGAUGAUUUGAUGAUAUUACCAUCGAUACUUUUAACAAAGACAUAUUACGUUUUAUGUGAAGAAACGACAUACACGUAUGACAAGACCGACAGUGACGAACUGUCCGAGACAGACUCUCCCGAAACGAUCAAUAACUCUUCAUCUCGUUCAAUGAAUCCUACGAAUGAAUCCGAAAGUUGUCCACAUGGCCAUUCAACCGCAAAUCAAAACGGCAUGGCUUCGUCGUCGUAUAGUCCAGGAUCAUAUCGAUGUCCAACGAAUCCUCAUAAUAUUCCCACAUCUGACGAUUCAGGAAAUGAAUCAUCAAUAAAUUAUCGUCAGAAAUCGAAUCCACAUUUUGUCGUGGUAGCCAUUGACUUCGGUACAACGUACAGUGGCUACGCAUUUGCGUUCACGCGCGAUAUUGAUUCGAUUUUAAUGAUGCGUAAAGUUGAUGGGAAUGAUCCCGGUGUAAUCAAUCAAAAAACGCCAACGACGAUUCUACUCACACCCAAUCUUGAAUUUCACUCGUUCGGCUUUUUUGCGCGAGAUUUCUUUCAUGAUCUCGAUCCGGACGAAGCUAAACGAUGGCUAUUUUUCGAGAAAUUCAAAAUGCAUCUCCAUUACGUUCAAGAUCUUAAUACUCAAACAUUAAUCGCGGCAAGUAACGGUCGGAAAGUUCCGGCAUUGACGAUAUUUACCUAUGCAUUACAAUAUUUCAAAGAACAUGCUCUACGAGAACUUUCCGAUCAGUCAGGCACUCGAUUUGUCAAUGAAGAUGUUCGAUGGGUUAUCACAGUACCGGCAAUAUGGAAACAAUCAGCGAAACAAUUUAUGCGCGAAGCUGCGUAUCAGGCAGGCAUUGCUUCGCGAGAAUUUCCGGAACAACUAUUGAUUGCCCUUGAACCCGAAGCAGCAUCGAUUUAUAUACGUAAGCUUCGAAUGCAUCAAUUUGUUCCAGAUGAAAUACCGCCGUUCUCCCGAAAUUCAAUCAAACGUGAGCAUGGCACCUUAUCAUCGUCGUUGUCUAAUCAAUCAUCGCCAAUAUUUUUCGAUUCGGAUAAAUUAUCAACUGAGCAAAGUGAAUAUCAUCCAAAUACACAAUCAUUUGAAGUCGUCCUUGAUAGUGGUACACGGUAUAUUGUUGUUGAUUGCGGUGGUGGAACAGUGGAUAUGACUGUUCAUGAAUUAGAUACCAAAAUGGGUACAUUAAAAGAAUUAUAUANAUAUAUUCGAACAAGAACAUCAGCUGAAUAA